AUGGCACCGACACCAGAGUCGGAUGUAGUAGAGGAAGAAACUGUCAAUUCUACCAUCCUGUACUGUGCAGACACUCAGUCAAACGUCGGGUUUGUACUGUGCAGGGAUAUCCUCGACCAGAUGCGAGACCAGCAACAAGAGAUGCAGAUACAGCUGACGGAGAUGAGGGCCGAACGCCAGCGACAAACCCUACCUGGACCCCCCCAGUGCCACCAACAGUUGUGGCACUACCUUCUACCUCCCAUCCCCCAAGAGCAGAUCCCCAUGCAAAUGCCUUCCCCACCGACUCAGUACAUGAGCUCCAACCCUAUCCUGAUGAAAUCCCUCCUCCAGCAGGCUACCAGCCAGAGCAGAUGGAAGAUUCCAUUCAUCUCCGACACCCUACUUAACUGUCCUGAUAGCUCAGUACCCUUCCUAGCAGCAUCGGAAUCAUGGCUCAAAAGCUACAUCCACGAUGCACAGGUUGCCAUCCCACACUACCACAUCCUAAGAUGCGACAGAGCGUCCAGAACAGGGGGUGGCACCAUGCUGUAUGUCCACGACUCCCUCCUCACAUCAGAUGUCCAGACCUUUGAUGACGGUAUCUGCCAGUCAGUUAAAUGCGCUAUUGAAUCCAUACACUACAUAGUCGCAUCUAUCUACCGUCCUCCUACCGCAAGCCUCAAGAGCUUCUCCAAGAUGAUGACUCAUCUCCAAACCUACCUUGACGAUAUCCAGAGUGAAGUCUCAACGAUCUAUAUAACAGGCGACUUCAACUUCCCUAACAUAGACUGGAAAUCUAUGUCGUAUGCUAAAUCCCUCGGCGCUGAGAGCGCUGCAUCAUGCGACCUACUCCUAGACUUCCUCUCCAGUAACUUCCUGUCACAGAUUGUCGACUGUGGAACUCACCUCGACAACGUGCUUGACCUCGUGAUCACCAACGACACCAACAGCAUCAUAGAAGUGUCCUCAUCAAAAACCUCUCCCUCUGACCACAAACUAGUAGAGGUCAGAAUGGGAUACGACGUCCUUGGUAGCACUAAGACCGCUCCUCCCAAAAAGUUUGAAAGAUUCUCGUUCCACUCUCUCAACAUCCACGAAGCAGACACAGAAGCCCUCAAAGAUCAGAUGGGAGAUAUAAACUGGGUGGAACUAUACUCCCACCGCCCCAGGGAUGACCAAGGAGCAUCAUUUGCAGAACUCAUCAGGCUCACAGUGCUCCAGCUCUGCAUUAUACACUGCCCCCAGAAGAACCAGCCUCAGGAGCAGACCAAAAGAAAACCUAGCCGUAACAGGUCAUUAUUCUACCAGAAAAGCUGCAAGAUUAAAGCUCGCCUACAAUGUCUGGAAACGCACCAUCCAGCUUCUCCUGAACUCCAGAAGCUGAAGGACAACAUCAGCCUUCUCCAGAUUGACCUUCAUGAUACGAUCCUUGAAGAGCUCCAUAUCAGGGAGCAAAGGGCUGUCGAUACCAUCAAAACUAAUCAGUUUUACUCUGCCUUCAGUGACCCAGACACCCCUCAAGGUGAUCCAGGUGCAACCAUUGCUGACAUCAACUUCACCAAAGAAGACAUUGAGCUAGCGAUUGAUGAGCUCGACAACUACGCUGCCACAGGACAUGAAGAUGUCCCGGCAAAGACCCUCAAGAGCUGCAAGCAUGAGAUCAGUGUUCCCUUGACCAUACUCUGGAAAUGGUCAAUGAAUACUGGAGAAAUCCCCCAGGACCUCAAAGCACAGUAUAUUACCCCGAUCUACAAGAAGGGAAAUAAAACUGACCCAGCCAACUACAGGCCGAUCUCUCUCACAUCCCAUGUCACAAAGAUAUUUGAGCGUGUGAUUAGGACCCAGUUGGUUGAUUUUCUAGAGAGCAACAAACUGCUAUCCCUUACCCAACAUGGCUUCCGGAAGGGACGCAGCUGUCUGACCCAACUCCUACAGCACUACGACAGCAUACUUCGCAACCUCAAAGAAGGCUUCGAAACCGAUGUGAUAUACCUCGACUUCGCCAAAGCCUUCGACAAGGUGGAUCACAACAUCCUACUGCAGAAGCUUCACAACUACGGCAUCCGAGGUAACCUCUACGAGCGUAUCAAAGCCUUUCUCUCAACUAGGACUCAGACCGUGGUAGUCGACGGUCACCACUCCGAUCCUAAACCUGUUAUCAGCGGUGUCCCACAGGGCUCGGUACUAGGACCGAUCCUGUUUAUCAUAUAUAUCAACAACCUCCACAAAGUUGUUAAGAACUGCGACCCUGGUAGUUUUGCAGAUGACACCAAGAUCCAGAGAAAAAUCAACAUCUCCGAGGACGCAGAGAUUGUCCAAGAAGACCUUGACAGCAUAAUUGAAUGGUCCAAGAAGAAACACCAGGACAAGUUCAUGUUGCUUCGGUACAGGACAAACAAAUCUACCAUGCUUGACGAGCUUCCCUUUACAUCACAUCUCUCGGAGUACGCCACACCAAGUGGGCACAUCCUUAAACCCCAAAAGUCUGCAAGAGAUCUCGGUGUAGAACUGUCAUCCGACUAUAAAUGGACCCCUCACAUCAACAAGAUGGUGGCUGGUGCUAUAAAGACUGCUUCAUGGGUUCUUGGAGUCUUCAAAGACCGCUCCAAACCUGUCAUGCUUCAACUUUACAAGUCACUAAUCCGAAGCAGGGUAGAAUACUGCUGCCCCCUUUGGAACCCUGUAAAGGUGUCAGACAUCCAGACAAUCGAGGAUGUCCAGCGCAACUUCACCCGGCGCAUCGCUGGAACAGGGGACCUUGACUACUGGGAGAGACUCUCUGCGCUGAACCUUCUAUCCCUGCAGCGCAGAAGAGAGAGAUAUAUGAUCAUUCAUGUCUGGAAGAUCCUCAACGAAACCACACCCAAUGACAUCGGGAUGCAGUUCACCGACAAUAUGCGGCUUGGAAAGGUCAAAAUUCCCGCCUUCAACAAGCAUGCUCCUCUGUCCGCUGUGAGCCUAUAUGACUCCUCCUUUGCUGUCCAUGCUGGGAGACUAUGGAACAUUCUCCCCCACUCCGUGACCUCAGCAACACAGGCAGAGGUCUAUAAAUGUUAAAAAUAGGGGAAAUUCCUCCAUGAA